AUGGGCCCCGCCCUUGUACUGGCCCCACCCCCGUGGGGAGUCAUCCCGCCCCCUGCGGCUCUGGUCCCGCCCCCCAGGAGCCGCAUUGGCCUGUCCCAGACUCUGCAGGGCGGUCAGGCCGCCCUGACCACGGCCCCGCCCCGCAUCCUGGCCCACCCACUGUGGCUCUGGCCCCGCCCCCGAGGCGCCCUAUUGGCCCCGUCGGGCACUCUGCCCCCCAUCUCGCAAUGGCAGAGCCGCGGACGCGCGCGGGGAGUCAAGACCAGGCGGCGGCGAGCGGGGCGCGGGGCCAUACGCGGCCGCCUGUGGCUGGGCCUGGCGUGGCUACUGCUGGCACGGGCGCCCGGCGCCGCGGGGACCCCAAACAGUCCGCGGAGACCACGCAGCUACAUGCAUCUGGAGGGCGACGUGCGCUGACGGCGCCUCUUCUCCUCCACCCACUUCUUCCUGUGUGUGGACCCCAGCGGCACCCGCUGGCGCGACAGCCCUGACAGCGUCUUCUUCGGGAUGCGCUCCAUCCGCGUGGGCGUCGUGGCGCUCAAGGCCGUGAACACCGGCUUUUAUGUGGCCAUGAACCGCCGCGGCCGCCACUCCGGGUCGCGGGUCUGCGCUAAGUUCCGGGAGCGCAUAGAGGAGAAGGGCUACACCUACGAGUCCGUGCCCUGGCGCCACCGCGGCCGGCCCAUGUUCCUGGCGUUGGACGGGCGGGGGGCCCCGGGGCGCGGGGUCCGCACGCAGCGACACCACCCGUCCACGCACUUCCUGCCCGUCCUGGUCUCCUGAGGCCCAGGAUCCAUGAGUGACGGCUGGACCGAGAUUCCAGGAGGCGCGCGAGCCGGGCGGGCAGCUGAAGACCGUGGCCGGGGAAGGCCCGAUCCGGGCGAGCCCGUGUCUGGUUACUCAGUGGUUUCACAUGCGUUGAGCGCCUGCUGUGCUGGGCACUGGGGACACCGCCGGACCCCACAGACGCGGCCGGCCCUCAGGGAGCCCCUGAGUCUGAGGGGACACUGAGCUGAGCAGGGGCCAUAGGAGUCCAGUCACAAGCUGGGGUCAGGGAGGCUUCGACAAAAGCACCUGCCAGGCGGGAGACGGGGACUCGGCCACGCGGGGGCCGGGUCUGGGAGGGCACUCCAGGCUGGGCACAGCCAAGCAAAGGCUCGGACCUGGGAACUCAUUGGGGUGCCUGGGGCAGCGAGGAGGUGAGGGAGCCUGGGGAACACCGACCCGCCACAGACUGGCAGGGCCUGGUCCUGGGCCACCGAGCACGUGUCACCUCAUGAGGCAGAGGGGACUUCGCAGGUGGGAUUAAGUUAAGGCCCCUGAGACGGGGACGACCCUGGAUUCCCUGAGGGGCCCAGCAUCAUCCCAGGGUCCUUAUUAGAGGGAGGCUGGCUGGAGGGUCAGAGGCAGAGAGAGACGGGAGAUGCUGCGCUGCUGGCUGUGAGGAUGCAGGAGGGGCCGCGAGCCAGGGGUGCGGCGCCUCUAGAAGCUGGAAAAGGCGGAACCGAUGCUGCCCUGGAGCCUCUGGAGGAACCAGCCCUGCCCACGCCUGCAUUUAGCCCCUAAGAUGUAAAUUGUGACCCCAGGACUGAUAUGAUAAGCGUGUUGUUUUAAGUCACCAAGUUUUGGUGAGUUGUCACAGCUGCCCUUGGAGACGCGAACACGGUGUCCUCAGAGCCCCUCAGAUCCGGCAGGGUGUACAGGCUGGGGUGGGGGUGGGGCGUGAUCAGCCUCCUGGGGGUUGAUCUUCCUCCGAGUUGCAGGGGUGGAGCCAAGAGGGUGCAGGGGAGGCUCCCACCCCUCCCAGCAGCCAGCUUCCACUUCAGAGACAGAAAACCAAUAUGGGGGGCACUUCCCAGGGCGCAGGCUGGACACUCACCGGCCGAGGCAGCCGUGUGACCCUGAUGGGGGACAGCCUGUGGAUGACACGCCAGCUGCGGGGGCUCGGCCGGCUCACCUCCCCGGCCCGGGGCUGCGCCCCCCGACGCACACAAGUAACACGCCAACCACCUGCUUUUCUUUCUAAGUAGAUGUAUUUUUAAAUAGCUUUCAAGAUACACAUAUUUUCUCCUUUAAAAAACGUCUGUCAGAGCAGUUUCGUCCUUGUUUUGCUGGUCAUCCUGGUGGUCCCGGGGCCCCGAGCUUGGAGUGGGGCGCAACGGCCUGUCCACGCGGUUGGGACCCCAGCCGAGCGACUCCACCCUGUCUCUCCACAGAUCAUGCAGGGCCGCGAGUGAGCUCAAACGUCCAUUUAUUUCAAAGCAGUAAUAAUUUAAAAUUAUAAAAACCUUUCUGCCGUC